CGGCGCAUGCGCCGUUGCGGGCGGCGUCGAGGCGCCCGCCGUGUCCAUGGAGAGAGGCUGAGGCCGCCCCGAGCCUUCGGCCCGAGCGAGGCUGCGGGCGCCGCGACCUGGCCAUGUCGGCGUCGUUGGUCCGCGCCACGGUGCGGGCCGUGAGCAAGCGCAAGCUGCAGCCCACGCGGGCGGCGCUCACGCUGACUCCCUCGGCUGUGAACAAGAUAAAACAGCUUCUCAAAGACAAACCAGAGCACGUGGGUCUGAAAGUUGGUGUGCGAACCAGGGGCUGUAACGGCCUCUCUUACACCCUGGAGUAUACAAAGACAAAAGGAGACUCUGAUGAAGAAGUUGUUCAAGAUGGGGUCAGAGUGUUCAUCGAAAAGAAAGCACAGUUAACACUUUUAGGAACCGAAAUGGACUAUGUGGAGGACAAACUGUCCAGUGAGUUUGUUUUCAAUAACCCCAACAUCAAAGGAACUUGUGGCUGUGGUGAAAGCUUCAACAUUUGAAACCUCAGGACUCCAAGCUCCAGGAGAGCCGGGAUCUACCUGGGAGCUUACUGAAGAAAUCAUGUGGUCGUCACGUGCUCAGAGUUUAAUAAUGUGUGCCAUCUCAAGGGGAAAAUAAAGUGAUGCAUUUUGGAAAUCAAACCAGUGUGCUAAGAAUCCCAAAAACCUGGUAUCUGUUGUCUUGGAAUCUGUAUCUGAGAGACCAUUGGUUUCUUUGGGUCGCCUUCUGUACAGAAACUCCUACCCCUCUCUUAACACUGCAGUGUGCUUUGUGACCACGGAUAACAAGUGUGCACCCAUAGAUCCAGGCGGGACAGCAUAGUGGUAGCUCAUUUCCUCACAUUUGCCAUGGCCUUUUACAUUUUUAUUAGAAAUGUGGUUAUCAGGUGCCUCGUUUGCCUGCCCCUCAACAGUUCGACUUCUGAGUGAUGGUAUCAGAGGUGGGAGCUGCCAGGCCUGGUCUCAGUCCACCUCCUAGGACGAGUUUUGC